CAUGCUCACCCACAAAACCCUGCCCUAGGGUUUUUCACCUCUGCUUCUCCUCCGGUUCUCCGACCGCCGGCGUUGAAGAUCCCGUGAUAUCUCCUCCAGUCUCCAGAAUCCAGGUACCUGAUAUUUUACCAUGUUUGUGACACGGCUUUUUGGACGAACUUUGUGCACAGCAGCAAAAACAGAGGCUUCUACUUCUGCUGCUGCUGCUGCUUCUGCUACAGUGAAGACAGCUCGCAAUCCUCUUGAAGAGUUCUUUGAGGUGGAUAGGAGCGGAGAUGAAGAAAAGCCCAUUGUAUAUGGCCGCGGUUGGAAGGCUUCUGAGUUGCGUCUAAAAUCCUGGGAUGACCUUCAGAAGCUGUGGUAUGUUCUACUGAAGGAAAAGAACAUGCUCAUGACACAGAGGCAGAUGCUCCAGGCUGAGAACCUGCGCUUUCCAAAUCCAGAACGGAUUCCUAAGGUGCGGAAAUCAAUGUGCCGAAUCAAGCACGUAUUAACCGAGCGAGCGAUUGCAGAACCGGAUCCAAGAAGGUCAGCAGAAAUGAAGAGGAUGAUCAAUGCUCUAUGAUGUUUUCCUUCUGAUAAGUUCUUUUCACCAUUUUCAUGGGAAUGACUUUGAAAUAUAGUUCUUGUGGUCUGUGUUGAUACAUUGACAGUAUUCUGACUUUAUGAUAUGCUUGGAAGCUUUGGAUUAUAAAGAUUCUGAGUUGUUGUUGUUGUUAUUA